AUGAGUUCUUUGGUGUUGUUUCUUGGAUUUCUGUCGCUUGUGGUGGGACAGGCUAACUUGUUGUAUGAUCCUGCAAAAUAUCCUAAUCUUCCAAGCUAUGGACCACAGCCCAAUCCUCCAUAUAUGGUGGACAAUCAAUACAAUUACUUCAGAACUGCCCCAGAUAAGGGUGAGUGUGUUUUUUUCCCACUGGCUAUCGAUGGACGCGCAUACUCUCCUGGAUAUGACAUUAACCUUGUACUAGAAGAGCAAAAUGGACCAGUAUGGCUCAAGUCUGGUAGUUUUGAGGCCUAUAUGUCACAACACUUGAAAAACCAUAACCAAACCUCUGUUGGUACUUCUGAGAACUUAAAAAAAGCUGUUGAAAGUGCUUCAAACAGCACUGCUACAGCUGCUGCUAGUAGCUACUGGUUGCCAAAGCUUGCCCCUUUAGAACAACCCCUUGCUGAAGCCGACUACAAGUUCUACCAAGAUGUUGUGGAGUAUGAUGCUGACAACACAGGCAAGACUGAUGCCACAGAGGCAAUAAAUGCAGCAAUUAAAGAUGACAAUCAGUGUGGAUUGGAAUGUGGGAAUACAUUUGUAAAAGGAGCUAUCAUCUAUUUUCCUUCUGGAACAUAUAAAAUCUGCCAACCUGUCAUUCAGUUAUACUAUACUCAGUUCAUUGGUGAUGCCCUGAAUCCACCCACAAUUAAAGAAUGUGAUACCUUUCAAGGGAUUGCUCUUUUUGAUACAGAUCCAUAUAUACCUAAUGGAAAUGGUCAAAAUUGGUAUAUCAAUCAAAAUCAAUUCUUCCAUCAGAUUCGCAAUUUCAUCUUUGACUUGACAGAGAUGUCCUUGUCAACAGCUGAUCAUGACCAGCCACUUGUGCCAACAGGCAUUCAUUGGCAGGUGUCUCAAGCCUGUUCAUUGCAGAAUCUGGUCUUCAACAUGCCAAAGGCAACUGAUGACAACAAAGUCACUCAUGUGGGCAUCUUCAUGGAAAAUAGUAGUGGUAGAUUUGUCUCAGACUUGGUGUUCAAUGGUGGCAGUAUUGGCUGGCAUGCUGGUAAGGAGACACACUUGUGUGCUUGCAAAUUAACACUUCCCUACAUGUCAAUGUUAACAAUUACUUUUGACAGGCUCCCAACACAUGUUGAGGUUACUGGUGGAGCAGUUGCUUUCAACAUCAGUGGCAGAGGGGGCAGCACAGGCCAAGGUAUAGGCUCUGUCUCCAUCAUUGAUCAUGGACUGUCCUAUUGUAUCUUAACCAACACUCGGGAUGACGAGGUUAAUGGGCCCCCGAACAUUGUACUUGACAAUUUGAAAUUGUUUAAUGUUGAAACAACAGUUAAGAGUGAUACUGGUGAAGUUGAUGCACCUAAAAAGGGGACAGACUUGUUGGACAUAAAUGGCAGGCUUAUCUAUAACCCUCACCCUCAAUAUGAAAAACUCGGGGUGGGUGACUUCCUCAUUGCAACAGAACAUGGCUGUAAAAAUGAUGGCACAGGGGAUAAUACAGCAGAUAUUAACUCUUUCCUUGAAAAAGCCAACAAGAAUGGUAAGAUUGCUUAUUUUCCAGCAGGCAUUUACAGAGUUGGUGGCACUGUAUUCAUCCCAACUGGUUCUAGAGUACAAGGUUCAAGUUGGUCACAAAUACAGGGUGCUGGAUUCUAUUUCAAUGACCUUCACAACCCACGUGUGGUUGUACAGGUUGGUGAGAAAGGUGAUGUGGGUGAUAUGGAGAUAGUUGAGAUGAUGUUCACUACUCAGAGAGCUACAGCUGGUGCUAUAGUUCUUGAUAGGAAUGUGCAUGAGGAUCGCCAGGGAUCUGCUGCUAUGUGGGACUCUCAUGUGUGUGUCGGGGGAGCUUUGGGUUCGGAUCUGGAUGUCAAAACUUGCCCAAAAUUCGAGUUUAGUGAUGCAUGUAUUUGUGCUUCUCUCCUCUUUCAUGUCACACCACAGGCCUCGGGCUAUUUUGAGAAUGUCUGGAUAUGGUUGGCAGAUCACGACAAUGACAUGAGUGUUUAUGAUUCACCCGACAAGUUGGAAAAUCAAAUUAGCUUAUACGCCGCCCGCGGAGCACUGAUAGAGUCUGAAGGGCCCUCUUGGUUCUAUGGCACUGGUUCCGAACACACUGUCAUGUACCAGUAUCAACUCUAUGAUGCAAAAAAUAUAUAUCUUGGCCAUAUUCAAUCAGAGACCCCGUAUUAUCAGCCAGUUCCAAUAGCACCUUUGUCAUUUGACUCUGUCAAGGAAUUCCCUGGUGAUCCAUCUUUUGAUAAGUGUGAGACUACUGGUUGUGAAGCAGCAUGGGCUUUGCACAUCAUCAACUCAGAGAAUAUAACACUGCAUUUCUCAGAAUUAUACAGUUUUUUCCAGGAAUAUUAUCAGGACUGUGUUCCAACACAUAAUUGCCAAGAGUGUUCUCUUGAAGUCAGAGGCAGUAAGGAUGUUACCCUCUUUAACAUUUUCACAGUUGGCAUGGUGGAAAUCGGAAUCAGUAUCAACCAUGGCACAGUUUUCCAAAAUGACUCCAAUCAAAGUGGAUUUACUACAGAAGUUAGUGUUUGGAUUCCUUUGGAAGGAGAUGAUGACUAUGACAUUGUUUAUAUUGAAUCUGAAGUCUAUGAUAAGCCCUCAGUUACAUGCCCAGCUGAUUGCAUUCUUGUGUUUCCUACCAGUUCACUCUCUUCACCAACAACAAUUGAUCCAGGUAAAUAUACAACAUCUGUUGAGUAUGGAAACUGUGGCACAACAACAAUCAGUGGUGUUGAUAUUGCACUCAUCCCUGUGCCAAUGCCAGAUGGUGAAGGGAAGACAACAACUUGCAAUAUCACUGUUCCACCCUGGUCAGAUAUUAUCAAAGGACCAUCUGAAAGCUGGAGCAAUCCCAAUGCCUCCCCCACAGAUGGCACUAGAGGAGUUUAUCAUACUUCUUUUGUGACCACUGUUGUUGCCACUCAUCCAACUGUCUCAACUAUUUCAUUUCCAUCAACUGUCAGUCCAAUUGUUGUUAAGUGUCCUCCUAACUCAAAAGUUCCUUUCAAUACUUCAAAGACAACACCUACAAUUGACUGUAGAGUUCCCACAACAGUGUCUAUUGGUUUCACUUAUUCAGUAACAAAAGUUGUUACAUUUAUUGGUUCUUCUACUGGAGUUUUUACAGUUGACUGCACUGUCUCAACAUCAUUUAUCAAGCCAGAUCAAACAAUUACUUCAGGAUCAACAAAUACAUCAACAACCACCCAGCCACUUCCAGUGUGGUCAACAUGGCCAGCUCAAAUAGUCACACUGAUUGAGGAGGAGGUCAAGAAGCCAGAGCCAGGUAAAACACCUUGCAACCUCUGGUUCUUCUCUUUCUGUCUGAAUAGAGAUGGUGGCAAAACUAAAGGCUUACGCUGGAAUCUUCCACCGGGCAUAUACCCACCGGGCCCGCCACCCCCCCGCGCAAUAGAUCCUCCUCCAUCAUGGACGAUAAAGCCACCUCUCCCACCUUGGCCCCCAAUCACGGUUGGACAAGAUCGUAUCUUAACAUAUCCCAAAGAGGAGCCUACUAAAUGUGAGAAAAAGUCUGCAUCGGUUUGUGCAACAACUGUAUUUAAGACAACAACAAGUAGAGGAACAAUCACCUCUACAGUUACAUCUACCAGUUCCAGAUGUGAUACAAUUUACGGCUGUUCAGCAUCAGAUUGGGAUACAACAACUACUAGCACAAAACCAAGUAACUGUCCAUCAUCACCAACUGCCCGUCCCACUGGACGGCCCCCUACACCUCCUCCAGGCUGCCCUGCAAAUGCUCUCGUAUAUCCUUCCAACAUGGACAACGUGGGAAAUAUUCGCCAAAUUCUUGCUAAAUACAAAGACAAAUAUUUGGAGGUCAGAUCGGAGGCGCGACAUUUCACAGUAUUCUUUUGGAUUCCUUACUUGGACCAAGAGACCAUGGACUCCUUGUUAAAUUCUCCCGACGUUGCAGACGCAUUUUAUUACGAACGCCGGCCUGAUUAUGGAGAUAUUAGAGACCCCAAACCGGAUGGACUCGCCCGAGCCUAUGGUAUGAGUAAUCCCAUCGAAGUCCCCAAUCCCCGUAGCCAGGAAGGUGCCGAUCAUUUGAAUAGCACUGUGGUGGUUCGGGACAAUGGCAAUGUGAAUCCCAUGGCACCAGCUCCCACAACACGAGUAAGCCCAUAUAUUUGGGAUCUCUCACAGAUCUCCAUGCCGAGAGGCCUGAUUUGGAAGGCCAGUGACAGUGGUACUGUAGACCACAAUGGUUGGUAUAUGUUCCAUUAUGACAAACUCGCAGGGGACGAUCAAUAUAUAUACAUCAUGGAUGAAGACAAAGUCGCUGAAACCCAUCCGGAGAUGACAUUUCACAAUGACAUUGAAUACUUGUGGCCAGAUGAUCGGUACCUCUGGCAAGGACCCGAGCAACCUAAUGUGAGACACGCUACUGGGGUGGCUUCCAAGGUUUUAGGGAGGAAUUUGGGCUCAUGCCAGCUUUGUACACUCAUUGUUGCAUCUUUAUUUGAGGGAGUUGAUUCUCAAGAUGAAAAUAUAUACACGGCACGAUACUUGGACCAAUUAAAAAACAUCAUCGAUGAUGUCAUAGCCAAAAACCGGAUGGGCAUGGCAGUCAUUAACAUGAGCCAUAAUUUCGAACUAGGGAGCGUUGAAAUGGUCUUCAUACGCGAGUUUCAUCAGCUUCUUGUUCAGCUAGACAGUCUGGACGUUGUUAUAGUUGUCUCAUCUGGCAAUGACGCCGAUACAUCGUACGAUAUCAAUGGUUAUCCUUCCCUAUUCGGCCAACCUGGAAAUCCAUAUUACAUACCAAAUAUCAUUGUUGUGGGAGCAACAGAUAUGCAUGGCCACAUGGCAGAUUUCAGCCAAUAUGCCGAUUGGAUGACUACUUUUGCUCCUGGAGACGAUGUUUGGAUUCCUUUGGGCAACAAAGACUACGUUACAACUGGCGGAACUUCGUAUGCCGCCCCCUUAGUGUCUGGUUUGGUAGGAUAUUUCCGGUCAUUACCGUCCCCUUGGGUAGACCAAUUAAAGAAACCUGCCAGUGUUAAAAAGAUGAUAAAGAUUUUUCACCGCCGCAUUACGGUCAUGGAUGGAACAGUAGUGGAACCGACAGAUGUUCAAAAGAUGAAGCCCAUCAUAUGGAAUGGUCAGUGGGGAGACUAUUCCUGCUUAUCGGACUAUAAGACCGUUGAUACUUGGGACCCCCUUGGCAUUUGCCCAAGAAUCAAAUUAGACCUUUCAGAAGAGACGAACGAGGGAGAAACGGUAGCGCCAUGCGAUGACGACUUUACAUUAUUUGACAACUCACAGAAGCGGUUGGAUGGCACUUAUUGUCCCCGUCUUCCCAGGGCCGACCCAGGUAGCCACACUGUCAGCUUCACCAGUAAAGGUGGAGUAAAACCAGCUCCCACAUGUGCAUCUGGAACUGGUUGUGGCGGUCACUUGUGCACAGGCUUCUUCUGUUCACCAAUGCCAACAGGAGUGCCCCCUGACCGCCAUGACCCAAAGGACCCAAAUGCGAGCAGUCAGGUACCAACGACCACCAGGACUACAGGUCCACAGCCCACAUGCGAUGACAAAUGCAAGCUGGACAAGGGCAACCGAUGUUCAUGUGGCGAGAAUGGAUGCGAUGAUAAAUCACCUAGCUGCUGUGCCAAUGCCAGCUGCCCCUAUUGCGAUUGUGGCGAGAAUGGCUGUAGCCCCAGCUCACCCUGGUGCUGUGGAAAUGAUUCAUGUGAAUGGUCAAGGACAGGUGGUGGUGGAGGGAACAAUCCUCGCCCAAAACCAAAAACUGGUUUUGUCAUGAUUUCAGUGUCCGAUGUCGACAAUCCUGCUCCACCAUAUAUUCACCAUUAUUGGGAAGUCUGGUUAACAACAAACCCAAAGACAAUUGAUUAUUGCAAAGAUGAAUCUCUUGUGAAAUUGAAAACAGAUGAUGUACCACCGGCAUUACCUCCUUCGCUUGGACCAUUUACUGCUGAAGGGAUUACUUGCAAAUACACCACCGACAAGAAAUCAGUUGGGAAGCUAGAAUGUGAUUCUAAUGUUGCCAAAUCCUCAUGCGCGCUUAUGGAUCCAAUUAAAAAAUGGGAAUGCACCCUAGAAAACCCGGUAAAAUGGCUCACUGUCAGGUGUGAGUGGGAAGGACGGCAAUAG